GAUUUUCAUAGCGGAAAUAUUCUAAUCGAUGAAAAUGGCGGACCGAUGAUAACUGAUUUUGGUUUGUCACGAGUGGAAGAUAUGAAAAAACGGGCCUCUGGUACUUCCCAAGUUUUCGGUCUCAUGGCCUAUACCGCUCCAGAACGAUUAGAAAACUCCAAGUAUCCUUUCGAUGAACGAUGUGAUAUCUACUCACUCGGUGUGAUAUUCUGGGAGAUCACAGCGGAACGAAGACCGUUCAAUGGACAAAACGAUAUUUCUCUCGCGUUGAAUUUAAUGAAAGGAAAACGCGAAAAAUUUCCCGAAUCUACACCGCCAAAAUUUGCUGAAUUAGCAAUGAGCUGUUGGGAUGAAGACCCAGAGAAAAGACCUUCCUUGAGUCAGAUAAAGCAAACGUUAAAUGAAAUUUUGGAUGAUUUAUCAAAAUCUGAGAAUAAUAAUUCUAAUUUAAAUAAUUUGAAAAAAGAUGACACAUUAGGGGAUACGAAUGAUUGUGAAGUAUAUUAUUCUGCCGAGUUAGACUCGUCAAAUUAUAUCACUGCAUUAUAUGAUAUUCCGUUCGACCAUUUGACAGUUGACGAUAUUUAA